CAAAUAUACACUUAAUCAACUUCCAUCAACAUCUAUCAGAAUUUAUUAAUCCCAAGACUCGAAAAAGUCUUACUUUUUUCUACAGUUGACAUAGUCUUUGAGUUUGAUUAAAGCAGCUUCGAUGAUAGUACCUUUAUUUAUUUCCAGUGUGCAUACAGCGGAAUCUGCCACUUAUCGGAAAACAAAAAUGACAUUCUUUGCAACAUUAAACCGUGUAAUCGUAGUGUUUUUGCUAAUACUCUCGUACAAAUCUUAUGGUGAUGAACAACAAGAAUCAUGUUCUCAAAGGUGCGGUGUCCAUAACAUAACCCACCCAUUCCGGCUGAAAAACAGUCCCAAACACUGCGGUGACAAAAGAUACAUCUUAUCCUGCGAGAACAACAACCAAUUGAUUUUGUACUAUAAACCAUUUGGCAAAUACUAUGUUCAAUCGAUUAAUUACAACAACUUCACCAUAAGACUGUUGGAUUUCAACCACUCCAGCUAUUCUGUCCCCCCUCAUCCUCUAGGAUCCUAUAAUUUCACUUCCGGCAACUUCAUAACCUCGCCGUACCAAGUGUAUGGGGAUCGCUUUAAAUCAAUGGUAGAACCUAUUUUAUAUGUAAACUGUCCAAAUCGUGUCCAAUAUUCUUCAGAUAUUUACUUUCCUGCUCCUACCUGUAUCAACAUUAGUGAUUCGUAUCCGCAGCAUGGAAAUUCUUCUAUUAAAUUUGGAUAUCAAAAAUCUCUUUCUAGAUUGGGGCUGGAAGACGGGUGUCGUAUAGAGUUUAUGUAUCUCACUUCUUGGGAUUUACAAGAUGGCAACAACAGCAACAUUUCUUGUACGGACAUACGCCGAAUGAUGCUUUAUGGGUUUGAGCUUUCAUGGUCCAACAGUCUUUGUAAAGAUGGAUGGUUUUCAUACCUCGAUGACAAUAGCCAACGUCGCUGUAGACAUAAUGGUAAUUUGCUUCAAACCACUCAACCUUUCUCAAUUUUAUUUUAUUUGUAUUCCAUAUGUAUAAAGGUACAUGUGUAUAAAGGUAUUUUAAAUAAAAAAAUCAAACUAGGUGCAUUGUUGGUAAUUUGUUUGUUAAUUAUCUACUUUGUUAUUGUAGAAAACGGGAGUUUUUUGGCUUUGCUUGUCCCUACUAUCUUGAUUUAUAUCGGUAUGUUUCUUGGCUGUCUAAGUGGUGUUAAAAUUGUUUUUGGAGUGCCAUGCAUUGUUGUAUUAUUAGUCUACAAAUGGAGACAGAAACAUUUAUCUAUAUAUAAUGGAAUAGAAGAUUUUCUGCAAAGUGACAAUAACAUCAUACCUAUAAGAUACUCGUACAGAGACAUAAAAAAGAUAACCGAAAAAUUCAAAACAAAACUAGGUCAGGGAGGUUAUGGAUUUGUUUUUAAAGGACAACUUCGAAGUGGUCGUCUUGUAGCAGUCAAAUUAUUGGACAAAGCCAAGUCCAACGGUCAAGAUUUUGUUAAUGAAGUUGCUACUAUUGGUAGGAUUCACCAUGUUAAUGUGGUGCAACUCGUUGGUUUUUGUGUAGAGGGGUCAAAACGUGCUCUUAUAUAUGAGUUUAUGCCUAAUGGAUCACUUGAAAAGUACAUACAUUCUCAUAUUGAAGAGAAAUAUUCCUUGACUUGUGAAAAAUUGUAUUCCAUUUCUCUUGGAGUUGCUCGAGGCAUUGAUUACUUGCAUAAUGGAUGCAAUAUGAAGAUUUUGCACUUCGACAUAAAGCCUCAUAAUAUACUUCUGGAUGAAAAUUUCAAUCCAAAAGUUUCUGAUUUUGGACUAGCUAGACUUUGUCCUACAGAUAAAAGCAUUGUGACAUUAACUGCAGCAAGGGGGACUAUUGGAUACAUGGCACCUGAGCUAUUCUACAGAAAUGUUGGGACAAUAUCCUACAAAGCUGAUGUCUAUAGCUUUGGGAUGUUGUUAAUGGAGAUGGCUAGUAGAAGGAAGAACUUGAAUGCAUUGGCUGAGCAAUCCAGUCAAAUUUAUUUCCCUUUCUGGAUUUAUGAUCAGUUGCGUGAUGGAAUGGAAGUAACAAUUGAGAAUGACACGAAUGAAGAAGCGAAACUGGCAAAGAAAAUGAUGAAUGUGGCAUUAUGGUGUAUUCAGACAAAACCUGACGAUCGUCCUCCAAUGGAUAAAGUGUUAGAGAUGCUUGAAGAUGAAGAUAUGGAUUUGAAGAUGCCUAAUAAACCUUAUCUUUAUGCAAACGAUCUACCAACUGAGGAUGUUAGAGACGAUAAUACCAACAGUUCAUGGUCUUCUCUUGAUUAACAAAUUAUUUAAGUUCAUAUGUUUAUUACAACAAACUCUUUUUCUUUUUAGGUUUCAAUUUUUUCAACUUUAUCAA